AUGACAAAACGAGUUGCUUCUGGUAUCGGUGCUAUUAAGCGGUUAAGGUAAUUUGUUUCAUUGGAAACAUUGCAUGUUAUUUACCAAGCUCUAAUACAACCACAUUUUGAUUAUUGUAAUGUCGUGUGGGGAAAUUGGGGGAAAACUUUAUCUAACAAACUUCAAAAACUUCAAAACCGUGCAAUGCGGGUGUUGACCUUUUCCAACUUUGACGCCGAUGCCAAUAGCUUAUUGGAAAAGCUAGGGUGGGAUGAUCUAAACCCACAACGCCAAUUUCAAAAAGCAUUGAUGGUUUUCAAAUCUUUAAAUAACCUUGCACCCGAAUAUCUAUGUUCUAAAUUUACUAAUCGCAAUAAUGUAACUUCUUAUAUACUUCGAGGCUCCGUGAACAAACUUGCUGCUCCUUUACCCCGCACCAAUUAUCUUAAAAAUAGCUUUAGCUAUAGUGGUGCAGUGUUAUGGAACAGCUUACCUAGCAAUAUAAGACAAGCGGAAUCUCUUACUGAAUUUCGACAAUUGUUGAAACAUCAUUCGAUAGACACGGCAUUCAUGGAAAAAAGGUAUAAAUAUUAAUGUAACAUAGGCGUGAAAAUUUUUUAAACUUAUUAAUGUAUAGAUAACUUUUUUGUAAACCUGAUGAAGCUACCGUGCUUAAAUAAAGAUUUGACUGACUGACUGACUGACUGACUGACUGACUGACUGACUUAGCUACAAAACUGCACAAGAACUUGACCGCAUCAGACUUAAUGCUAGCUCAAUCAACACAACAACCGAUGACUUGCAUUCAAAAGACCAAUCUACUUCACAGCGCUCUAAGUCAACUACACCUUCCACGAAGUUCAAACCAAAAUGCUUGACAACCACCACCUCUGCCAAUACCCAUGUUCUCGUAAAACAGUAUGAACACCUCUUCCAGGGUGUUGGCAAGAUGCGUGAUGUUGAAAUAAAGCUCCACAUCGAUCCUAAUGUUCCACCCAUUGCACAACCAGAGAGAAGAAUCCCUUUCAACCUGGGAAACAAAGUUGCCGAAGAAUUAAAGCGACUUGAGGAAAAUUAUAUUAUCGAAGAUGCAACGGGCCCAACACCAUGCGUGAGCCCAAUCGUUGCUGCACCAAAACCGAAAAAUUCCAACGAAGUUCGUGAGUGCGUAGUCAUGCGGCUUCCCAAUCGCGCUAUCCAUCGCGAACGACACCCUUCACCUACAGUUGAUGACAUCAUUCACUCACUUAAUGGUGCCAAAAAAAUCAGCAAGCUCGAUCUGCGAUCUGGAUACCAUCAACUCGUCCUUGCGCCAGAAUCAAGACACAUCACAACCUUUGCUACUCACAAGGGACUAAAACGAUACAAGCGAUUAAAUUUUAACACUUCAUCAGCCGCUGAAAUUUUUCAACACACCAUACAGCACGCCCUUGAAGGCAUAAAUGGCGUUUUGAACAUUAGUGAUGACAUUAUCAUUUUUUGCAAAACAACAGCAGAACAUGAUAAAGCCCUGAAGGAAAUUUUUCACCGCCUGAGUGACAAAGGACUAACUCUGACAAGUGUGUUUUUGAGAAGGAAAAUCUUGAUUUUUUUUGCUACACGUUCGGUCCAGCUGGCAUGAAACAUGAUCCAAAAAAAGUCCUAGCAAUACACGAUGCCACCCCACCAACCAACACAGCAGAACUGCGUAGUUUCCUCGGUAUACUUAACUAUGUCUCCCAUUUUAUCUAUGACUUCUCCACCAUCACAGCCCCACUUCGUGCUCUGACUCGCCACGGAAACAAAUGGCAAUGGACGAAACAACAUCAGCAUGCUUUUGACGAGUUAAAACGUCGCCUCACAACUAGUCCUACAAUGGCAUAUUUCGAUCCUGCCAAGGACACUGAGCUUGUUGUCGAUGCUAGCCCUGUGGGCCUGGGUUCAAUUUUAACCCAGAAAACUAGUGACAGUGGGACAAAUAUUGUGGCAUAUGCUAGUCGCUGUCCUGUCGCCUGUCGAACAAAGAUAUUGACAAACUGAGCGUGAAGCUCUAGCCUGUGUAUGGGGAUGCGAGAAAUUCCAUCUUUAUGUAUAUGGUGGACCAUUCACACUGAUCACUGACCAUAAGCCACGCAUCCACAUCUUCAACAACCCGAAAGCGAAGCCUCCUGCUCGACUCGAACGUUGGAAUCUUCGAUUACGACCUUACAAUGCUAUGAACCUGGCAAAACUAAUCCUGCCAACUACAUAUCUCGCCAUUCAUUACAAAACCAACCGUUGCGUGAGCGUAACAUUGCAGAAGAAUAUGUGUCCCUUCUUACAACAUCCGCAGUUCCAAUUGCAAUGACACUAGCUGAAAUCCAGGAUGCCACAUUAAAGGAUCCAACCCUACAAAAGCUUGCUGAAAUUAUUCGAUCCCAACAAUGGCACUCAGUCCUCGAUACAAAUAAUUCCUGUCCUAAUAACAAAGACAAGUACAAUUUGAGAGAUCUCAAAGCUUUCCACAAAAUUCGUCACGAGUUGACUGUUACUACAAACAAUGAUAUUAUCCUCAGAGGUUUUCGCAUUGUGAUGCCCACUACCCUGCGCCGCCGAUCUCUUGAACUAGCCCAUGAAGGACAUGAAGGGCUUAUCAAGACAAAACGAUUACUUCGCGAAAAGAUAUGGUUCCCUCGCAUUGAUCAACAAGCAGAAGAAAUGAUAAAGCACUGCCUUCCUUGCCAAGCUGCAAAUCCUGAAAGCAAGUUAGAACCGAUUAAAAUGUCACCCCUACCAUUGGGCCCCUGGCAAAAUGUUGCUGCAGAUUUCUAUGGUCCACUCCCCACUGGACAAACCCUCAUGGUUAUUAUUGAUGAAUAUUCGCGUUUCGUAGAAGUUGAAAUCGUCUCCUCCACCUCUGCUGCAGCUGCUAUACCCAAACUUGACAAAAUUUUUGCAACCCACGGCAUCCCAGACCUUUUAAAAACCGACAACGGUCCACCAUUUACCAGCCACGCGUUCAAAGUCUUUGCCACAGAACUGGGUUUUAAACACCGGAAGAUCACACCGUUAUGGCCAUAUGCCAACGCAGAGGCUGAACGUUUCAUGCGUACCCUGGGAAAAGCCAUUCGCACUGCAUGA